UCUCGUUCAGGUGGUAUCAUUGCUGCCGGUGUAUUUCUCAUAUUGGUUGCUCUUCUCGGAAUCUAUGGGACAAAGAAACAACAUCAAGCUGCUCUGUUUUUCUACAUGAUCAUACUGUCGUGCGUUUUCACUAUUCAAUUUAUUGUGGCAAUUGUUUGCCUUGGCAACAUGUCAGAAAGUGGUCUUGAGGAGGUGGUGAGAAGUGGAUGGAAAAAGUCAGAUGCGGCUGCUAAAUGGGAUGCGCAGAACGCAUUCAGUUGUUGUGGUUUGGAUAAGGAGGAUCAGAGUAGUGAUUGCUCGAAA